UACAUCGUCCUCGUUACCUCAGGCCUCAGCGUAGUCACGUACGUGUACUAUGUCAAGACAAAGUGGUAUCGCCAGAAAAACCAGUCUUUAUUACCUCCGUCCGGGUUACUCGCUCCAUCCACGAACCGCGGGACCGGAGGUAGCGACGAGAGCGACCGAUCUCACAGCCCAGACGCCCCCCCGCUGCUCGCGCCCGCAGAUCAGCAGCAUCACUCAUGGCGUCAGAAAUUCAAUCCCCUCUUCCCUCGAAAGAAUAUCCAAAUCCCGUUCCCUUUUCGAGCUAAUCCUGGAGCACAGCCCGUCCCUCAGAAGCCUGCCUGCCUGCCUGCCUGCCUGCCACCGCCGGAGAACGCCAUGUUAUCCCCUCGCGUCGUCCGGCCCCAGCCCCACGCCGGCGCGGCCUCCGGUGGCUCGUCCUCGUCACGGCGGCACAUGGUGGACGCCGAAGCCGCCGCCGCCGCCGGCGCGUGCGGCCGCGUGCCCGAGUGGGAGCUCGGCCUCCCCUCGGCCGCCGAGCUGACGCCGGUCUCGCAGCCGCUCAUCCCGCCGGCGCUCGCCGCGGCCUUCGGGAUAGACCUCGCGGGCCUGCCCCCAACCUCCGUCGACGCCCGUCUCCUUCAGGACUCCCCAACCUCCCACCUGUAUUCCCGAUUCGACGAGUUUGACGAAGAGGACGAGGAGGGGGAGGGGGAGACCGAGGGCGCUGCCACCGGGGGAGGGCGGCGCGGGAAGAAGGCGAGGAUGGUGUGGACGACGGAGCUGCACCGCCGGUUCGUCGAGGCGGUGGCGCAUCUCGGCGAGAAAGGCGCCGUGCCCAAGGCCAUCGUGCGGCUCAUGAACGUCGACGGCCUCACGAGGGAGAACGUCGCCAGCCACCUCCAGAAGUACCGCCUCUACCUCAAGCGCUUGCACACUGGCGGUGCCGCCGCCGCGACACCCCCGCCUCAAGUGCCGCCGCCGUACUACUCCCGCUUCGAUGCCAAACCGCCUCAAGACGCCGCGAACCGGAAUGGCCUCCGCACGUUUAUUUCCUACGACAAGCUCGGAUGCGAUUAAAGCACUCCAGGUUGCAGGAAGGAAAGGCAGCUGCAGUACACUAAACAAGACAUAAGGAAAAUGAUGUAUCUUUUGCGAUCAAAAGUAAAUCCUUGCUGUUCAGACUAUUCCUAGAAUCACUUGGGUUGUCUUGAUUUAAGUUCUUGUUUGGGUGUGUGGAGGUUACUCGUGGUUUAGCAAGUGUUUUCUGAAGUUAGCAAGUAUGCUCGGAAAUAAGGUACUACACUAGCAAACAAUACAGUGCUAUAGCGAAGGAAUUGUAAAUUCUUCUCAGAGAGUUAAUGAGAUUCAGUCAUGAAGCUUGUUGGGUUGCAGACUUCCCAGAUUUGCAGCAUAUUUUACCUCAUGUAAGCUGUUAAACUGUCCUGUUUUUUUCUUUCGAAUGUAUCUUGUUAAUUUGUUCGGUAGUUCAGACUUCAGAAUCUUGAGCAA